UGUUAAUGCUGGAGUGAACUGUGUGUUUCUGUGUUAGCUGUAUUCAAAUGUAGGCCUCAUACAGAGGCACCUUUUUAAAAAGCUAAUUUGUUUACUUUUAAGCUGUUGUUAAUAAACCUAUUCGAUCUGAUUUCAAGGAGACAGUUGUUUUUUCUUAAAAGUGCAGCUAACAAGAUGUACAACAGCUGUAUGUACAACAUGUAGUCAAAAGAUGACUGUUUUUGGCUGCUUAUAUAGUUAGUUUUGGAUCAUAUCCGUUUGAUUUUUGUCUCCUACAACUUCCCACCCUACUGACUCACUUGGACUCCGACAUGGACAGCUGUACCACUGAAUAUUUCGCCAGAAGAAAAUGUGAACAAGACUAGGGAUCUCCAACACUUAUUUCCUAUGCCUCACAAUAGACGCUACUCGUCUUCGGACAGAGACAGUCGAAGCAGCUAUCAAGACCGCUACAGAGAAAGGGACAGAGACAGAGGGCGAAGACACCGGCACAGACGAUCGCCUUCUUACUCCUCCAGCAGUGACCGAGACAGAGAUCGAGACCGAGACAGAAGAGGGCGGGGACACAGACAGGAAGGAAGCUUUGUACGCUCAAGGAGUCGUAGCUAUGACAAUCGCUCCACGGAGCACCGAGCAUUUGAUCGAAGAUACUGCGAGGGAUACAGACGACUGGAUCAGAGCCGAGAUCAGGAGCGGGACAGAGACAGGGAGCCACAUGGAGCAGCUGAAAGUUACUACCCACGCGACUUCUCCCCUAACAUGUACGACUACCGGCGCGGGCGAGAGAGGGAGCGCGAACGGGAUGAGUCGUACCGGCGGAAAGGCAGCAGGCGUAAGCACAAACGAAGGCGGCGUAGAACCAGGUCCUAUAGCCCAUCCUCCUCGCGGAGCGACAGCCGGACGAGGGCACUGAGUGUGAGGGACGACGAGGAAGGGCACCUGAUCUGUCGGAGUGGGGACGUCCUGCAAGAGAGAUAUGAGAUUGUCAGCACUUUGGGGGAAGGCACCUUCGGGAGGGUGAUGCAAUGCAUUGACCAUCGCAGGGGAGGAGCCCAUGUUGCUCUGAAAAUUAUCAAAAAUGUGGAGAAGUACAAGGAAGCAGCUCGCCUGGAGAUAAAUGUGCUAGAGAAGAUCAAUGAAAAGGACCCUGAUAACAAAUUCCUGUGUGUUCAGAUGUACGACUGGUUCGACUACCACGGUCACAUGUGUCUCUCCUUUGAGCUGCUAGCUCUCAGCACCUUCGACUUUCUAAAGGAAAACAACUACCUGCCCUAUUCGAUCGGUCAGGUCAGACACAUGGCCUACCAACUCUGUCUCGCUGUGAAGUUUCUCCAUGACAAUAAGCUGACACACACAGACCUAAAGCCUGAGAACAUCCUAUUUGUCAACUCAGACUUCACAAUGUCCUUCAAUAUAGAGAAGAAGCGGGAGGAGCGAACGGUCAAGAGCACAGCAGUUCGUGUGGUUGACUUUGGCAGCGCCACUUUUGACCACGAGCACCACAGCACCAUUGUGUCGACGCGGCAUUACCGUGCCCCCGAGGUCAUACUAGAGCUGGGCUGGAGUCAUCCCUGUGACGUGUGGAGCAUUGGCUGUAUCCUGUUUGAGUACUACCUGGGUUUUACGUUGUUUCAGACUCAUGACAACAGGGAACAUUUGGCCAUGAUGGAGAGAAUCCUGGGACCAGUGCCCUCAAGGAUGAUUCGUAAGACGAGGAAACAGAAAUAUUUCUAUCGUGGCCGUCUAGACUGGGACGAGAGCUCCUCAGCGGGGAAAUAUGUCAGAGAAAACUGCAAACCGUUGCGGCGGUAUUUGCUGUCGGAGGCAGAGGAGCACCACCAGCUGUUUGACCUCAUUGAAAGUAUGCUGGAGUACGAGCCCUCGAAGAGGCUGGUGCUGGCCGACUCUCUCAAACACCCUUUCUUUGAGAACGGGGCGAUAGGUGAGGCAGGGAGCAGCAAGAACUGGGAGGGCAACCGGGACAUCAGCCGGUGACCCACGAGCCUCCAAAGACUGAAAGACAAAGUCUUUUACACGUGGAGCUGGUGAACUGUUAAAUCGAACGGGGCUUCGGAUGUUUUCUGUCGUUUGUCAUUGAAGCAUGAACACCAUAACUUCCUGCUCCUCCAUCCUGCCCUCCUGACGUCCGUCUCUGCAGCCACAGCAGGCGUGGUUUUGCAGCAGAGAGACCGAAAUCACCCACAAAAGACUGGAAGAGUUGAAAAGAAUAAAUCUUUUCCAGCCUCCACAGCCUCAAUAGAGGACAAAAACUGAAAUGGAAGAAUGUUUGUACCCAAAGUAGCCCUCUAUGCAGCUCCUGUCUUCCUUUUGACUUCUGAACUACCUUCCGUCCGCCCGUCUAUUAUUUCCAUCAGCAUGUAAAGAAAAUAUUUCAUAGGAAAAAAAGCACUACAACACCAGUUACACAACAUCUUAGUUUUGGAGAAGAAACGUCUUCCAAUGCUGAAGUCUAAGGAAAGGAUAUAAAGGAGAUAGAGCUGUAUAUGCAGUGCAAGUCCUCACACAUAAGUUUUAACAAUGAGACAUGCAAGAUAUUCAAUAAUGUCAACAUCAAAUCAGUCAAUUUGAAUAUCAUAUUUCCUUGGAAAAUGCAAGUAUCUCAUGCAGAGACCAAUUUUUUGUUUACGUUUUGUUGAGUGAGAACUUGCGUUGCAUAUCAUUUUCAUUAUUACUAUUUUUUUAAAACAUCUAAAAGGAUUAUCCCUUAUAUGGAGACUCUUGCUCCUAAUCUCAGUUCAGUAGGUCUCUUUAAUAUACGCCAAUGAGAUGAUAAUGGUGAUGGACACUCCACACACACGGGCCUCCGCGGCCUGUCCUAUUGAUAGAUAUAUGUUUGUUACGUUAUGCAGUGCUUUCUGGGUGUGUGUGUGUGUGUGUGUAUGUGUGUGUGUGUGAGAGUGUGAGAGUGUGUAGGUGAGGGACUGUGUGGGUGACAUAUUACUGUUACUUCAGUGACUUCUUAGUAGUUCAGCGUUAGUUAUUGGAUCAUUCUCACAUACUUUUUAAACACAAAAAAACUGCCUUUUCCAUGUGGGAUUAAGUCAGACUCUUCAUCGAGGUUAAGCACAGCUCCUGGUGGUAGCCAAUGAGCCAAACACAACUCCUGUUGCCGGUAUUUAUUUUUUGUUCAUAGUCCCCCCCCCCCCCCCCCCCCCCCCCCCCCCCCCACCUGCACGUGACAUUUUUUUGUUUUGUUUUUUGUAUGAAUUUAAAGCGUAUAAAACUGUAUAUAUGUACGAUUGUGUAGAAUUAAAGUUAAGUCCUCCUUACCAAAGGCUUAUGGUGCUCUCAGUAUCAGUGGAGGCCUCUGGUAGCUAAAGGGAGGUGUUCUGUCUUUAAAUACCA